AUGAUUGGAAAUGUUUUGUCUACAUUAAAUAGAAAUCGUCAAAAAUCAGGUGCCGGUCCAAGUAGGAAAAUGCUUGCUCAAGCUAGUGCUGUGCACGUUUUUAUUUACGUUUUGGGUUUAUCUAUUGUCGAUUUAUUUGUAAUUAUGCACUUACCUAUGCUCAUUUUUGAAAUGUUAGAAGGCCAGUGGAUAUUUGGGGGAGGAAUGUGUAAAUUAUACUGGUUUGGCGAGUCUGUAAAUAAAUUGCUCAGUUCAUUUCUUAUGACAGUGUUAAGUUGGGAUCGUUUUAUGGCCGUCUGCUAUCCAAUAAGGUCGAUAGGAAUGCGGACAAAUACAGUUGCAAUUUCUGUCUUAGCUAGUUGUACCUUUAUUGCCACACUUCUUCUCUACCCCGUCCUAAAAGAAUCACAAGUUUACCAAGUUAAUAGACUUACGGGACUGAGACUUGUUGAUGAAGAAAUUAUUGCUGCUUCACAACAACAUGAUCUUCCUAGUAAUUAUUCUUUUACACCACCACAACCACACCAAAUUGUGCUCAAAUGUGUGUUUGAUACAAAUUCACCUUUCUUUAUGUUAUACACAUUUACUGUUGGAUAUUUAAUUCCGGCAAUGUUAAUUACUUUCUUUUAUGCACAGGUUAUAAUUAAAUUGCGUAAUGAUGCACUAGCAAUACGCAAACAUUCUGAAGGGCAUAUGCAUGCACCUAGUCCGUCCGUGUCUUCUGCAAGACUACACAAAGUUACUAAAAGAAUUGUUGCUGUUAUUCUAUUUUAUUUUUUCUGUUGGACACCUUACUGGCUUUUAAAUAUAAUGUCUCAAUUUGGCUUGAUUGUUGUCAGUUGGUCAACCCUAACUCUAAGUUCCGUUUUCUUUGCUGCCCAUUUCCUCGUCUGCUUCAACUCCGCUGCUAAUCCUGUUUUGUAUGCUUUAAUUAAUCGCGAAUUGAGACAACAACAUGCCCAAGCAUUUCAGAAAAGGAGGAGAUCAUUACACUUAAUAACAACAAAUAAUACAACCGCAAUGACUGAUAAAGAUCUAAAUUCCCCAACUAUUGCCAAACUAAAAGAACAUCGGUUAGCAUCGCUAGGUUGCACAGAUGAUAGCCGUCUUAUGCUUUUGGGUAAUGGACUAAUUAAUGGGCAACACUUAGAAAAUGGACAACAGCUUGAAAAGAGAUCAAGCUCAUUUUCCCAUUCAACACCCCCCAUGUUUGCCGGCUUAACCAGCAGAUUCUCCCAACUUCGUUUACUUUCCCAUUUUGGAAGUAGCCAAUUAUUAAAUAUUGCUGGGGAAGAUAAACAAGAAGAAAAACAAAUAUUCAAAAUUGAAGAGAAAAAAAUUGUAAAAAAUGAGAAUGAUUUAUCAAAGCAGAAAAAAUCUGUCCCAAGUUGUGGGGAUAGUGAUGCUUUUCUUUAA